AAACUAUAUUUAAUAUAGUAUAUACAUAUCAGUUAUUUACUAGAUAUAUUAACCUGCCGGUGUACAAUGUCGUUUCUUUGAAGAGUAUUUAAUAUUUUGUAAAGAAAGAAAGAAAUGUUUUUAUAUUCAUAAAUUAAACGAAAAUAUUGUUUUUCUAUUGAGAUAAUAAAAUGUUUAUUCUGUGGAAGUGUAUUAAUGAAUGAUAAAUAUAGAGAAUUGAUGAGAAUUGAUUAUUCUUCAAUAUAAUUUAUAAUAAAAGAUACAAAAAGUAACGCAUAAUGCAUAAUAAUUUAAUUGCUGCCGCCAUCGGUGUAACCGUUGGUGUAAUAAGUGCAGCUAGUAUUUUUAUUUAUCGUAAAAUUUUGGCAAAUCAACAGUAUAGUACAACAAUUUCUGAUUUAGAUGCUGCCAAUAAAAAAAUUGAUGAAUUACAAUCAGAAUUAGAAGCAUUAAGAUUACAAUUAAGACAACAAAAAAAGAAAAAAAAAAUUUCAAGAAAAUUUAGUUCUAAUGAUAGUACAUAUACUGUAAUAGAUAAUGAUACAGAUAUUGAUAUUGGAGAUGAUGAAUUCUAUGAUUGUUCUGAUGGUGAAAGUGUUGUUAGCGAUAAUGAUUUAAGGAUCUCAGAGGAACUGAACCAGCUGGAUAUAAUACUUAAGGAGAUUGAUGAACAAGUAAACAAUGAAUUUGAUGUCAAGAUUUACUACACAUUGAAAACAUUGGUAAAGUCCCAUCAAGACAAUGUAGAAGUAAUUUGGAGAUUUGCAAGAGCUAGUUAUUAUCAUGCAGAAGCACAGACUGAUAAAAAUUUUAGAAGAAUAAUUAUUCUUGAAGGAAUCCAAGAAUGUGAGAGAAUUAUUGAAAAUCGAAAUCCUGAUUUGUAUAAAUGGUAUGCUAUUCUCAUAGGAUUAAAUGGAGAUUAUUUAUCAAUGGCAGAUCAAAUAAAAAAUGGUGUUGUUUUUAAAAAUUAUAUAAUAAUGGCUUUAGAAAUUUGUCCAGAUGACUCUGAAUUACAUUAUCUUCUAGGAAGAUUUAAAUAUGAAAUUGCUAAUUUAAGUUGGAUUGAGAAAAAGGUAGCAGCAACAUUAUUUACUGAAAUUCCAAGUGCCUCAUAUGAAGAAGCACUUGAUUGUUUUAAAACUGCAAUAAAAUUUGAAGAUAAAAAUCCACAUAUUCAAUUAUAUAUUAGUAAAUGUUAUAUUGCUUUAAAUGAAUAUUCAUGUGCAAUUGAUUCAUUAAAAAAAAUUUUAGAUAAACCGAUAUUAACAAUUGAUGAUGAAAAAGUACAUACAGAAGCAAGUAAACUUUUAAACAAAUAUUCAAAACAUAACUUAUAGCAAAAAAUAAUAUAUUUGUAUAUUCAAUUCAUAUUUAAUAGUUAUACUAUUUCCACAUCCAUAUAUAAAAGAUAAAAGAUAAAAGCAACUAUAUUACGGCUUAAUCUAAUUGUUAACAUCAAAUAGUUUGUAAUCAAUUAUAUGGAAUAAUAGGUACUAAAAAUUUAUGCAAAACAUUUUGUCUACAGAUAUUGUAAGUUUAUUAUUUUAAUUGAGAUUUUAUGGAAGAAGUAAUUUAUAAAGAUCUGCAAAAGAUUUGCCCAUCAAUGCAGAUUUAGGAAUAUGCACUUUAUUUACAUUACAAUUUAUAGUACAAUUUAACAAGUUAUAUUUAGAAUAUUUAGAACAAUAUAUAUAUAUAGAAAGAGAAAGAGAAUGAUAUGCAGAUAUAUGUAUAUAUUUACAGGUUUCUGGAUUUAGUUAUUUUCUUAAAAGAAUUUAUAGAACUUAUUAUUGAUAUAUAUUCACUGUAUACAAUUUCUAUAAGUAAAACUUAUAUACAAAUUAAUACACUUUUGUAUAAUUAAAUUGUAAUUUAAUUAUAGACUUUGAGUGAUUCA